AAUUGGGCACACCAUAUUUGAUUCCUGUCCACCAUCAGCAAUUCGGUAAUUGAGCUUAAUUGACUUCACAUCCCUUUGUAUAACAACACACAUGAAAGAAUUCAAUAAUUCAUGACUCCGUGAUGAUGAUACCAUUGUCUGAUGUUUCACCAUUGUUGUCAAGUCAAUAUUAUAUAAAGGGGAUCCCAAAACAUCUAAAAAUAAAUGAGAUUGUAAUAUACUGGAAUGCAGAAAGCACACACCCAAAUGCAAUAACAUCUCUUUGUUCUGAGCAACUAUUGCCAUAACAGUUUUUCAAGUGUGUUUCGAUUUUGUGAUUAGUAAAGAUAUGCGACAAAAUAUUAAUAAUCAGAGAGUUAUAUAGCCAGAUAGAUGAGUUUGAUGAACAGAAUGGAGAUCAUCAAUUUUAACAUUGGUGGAACAAAAUUCAGCACAACUCUCCCAACAUUAAAGAAACUUCCAAACACGAGGUUGUACGACCUUGCCGUUCAUAUUGAUGAGGAAAAGCAGAAACAGAAAGGGAUUGCUGCACAAGAUUUAGCGAGCGAGUUAGAAAAUGAAACCAUACUUCCCAAUGCUGUCAUUGUAGAUGAUAUAGAGAAAAGAAUAUCUGAUUUGAAAGUAGCCUCAAAUCACAAACGUGACCAACCAACAGAUAAUUUAAAAUAUAUCAAAACCAGUGAUGGUGAAUACUUCUAUGAUCGAGAGCCAGAAGUAUUUCGAUGUGUGUUGAAUCUCUACAGAACUGGACACUUACAUAUUCCGAAUUCAUUAUGUACACCAAUGGUUCGUCUUGAAUUAAAGUUCUGGCAGAUUGAGGAAUUGGUCUUGGCCCCAUGUUGUCUGAGUUCAUACAAACAGUUUGACGAUGCAAAAGACAUCAUUAAGGAGAUUGAGAACUUCUUCCAAGAAGAUGUUCAUGAAAAAGUUAACUAUGAUAAAUGUGGCUAUUCAACCCAGAGGGUACGGAUUGCAGUUUGGAGGUUCAUGACACAGCCUAAUUCUUCAACUGCUGCAAAGGUGUGGUUGUUAAUCCAGUGGCUGAUUAUUAUUGGGUCAUUCGUCAUUGUUGCCAUGGAAACUGUUCCAGCUGGGAGGGCCCCAAGACUAAUGUUUUAUAAUCAAACAGUGUAUAACUAUAUAUUGUUAGACAAAUCAAUGCGGAUUAGUAUGACAGAUCUUGAUUCUGUUUUAUAUUUCACAGAUACUGCACUGAUGUUUUUCAUGCUUUUAGAGUUUAUUAUAAAAUUGCUAUGUGCUCCUAAUCAAUUGAAAUUUCUGAAGUCUGCAAGCACAGUAUGUGACAUACUAGCUGUUAUUCCUCAUUUUGUGACAUUUCUGAUUAUUUUCAUCAGUCCUAUAGUUUUGGCUAAUGAUGCUGUCUUGACUUUGUUCAG